AUUGGGGCACGUGGUUGCUAACCUGCACCGCCCGCCGAUCGGCGCCAGCACCAACGUUUCUUCUCCAACCUGCACUAGCGUCUCCUCACCACACAUGCAUCAAACAGUGAGACGUCACCAACGACCUCACACGGUCUUUGCUGUCUAUUAUUUAUUAUAAAUUUAUAAAUAUUAUCAUUUCUACCCUUUAUAUCCGGAUGCAGUCUCUUCUAUUUGCUUCUUCGCGCGAUGAAACGGUGAUGCCAAUCAGCAAAAACACCACAGACCACCGACAUCACACGACGGCAUACUUAUCAUCUGCACCGAGGCCAUGACUGCCACAAUCAAUCAGAUUGGCGACUAUACCAUGUCCAAGGCGCUGCAGUUCGGACAGUGGCUCGCCACUCCUACUGGUCGCGGAGUCCUGAAAUGCACCAUCGCCUAUACCAUAGCCAGUCUGGCAACCUUUGCCUCGCCGCUGUCAGCGUUCUUUGGGAAACCAGACGGCAAGCAUGUCGUCGCCACAAUUACUGUCUACUUUCAUGCUUCGCGCUCUGCCGGUUCCAUGAUUGAAGCUACCCUUAUUGCUAUUGUCGCCGUGGCCUACGCCGAGGCUGUCUCCAUCUUGUCCAUGGCUACGUCCGUCCUGUUCGGAUCUGUUUUGGGCUUGGUGACCCUAGCGUACGUUUUAGUCGUCCUGGUCUUCAUUGGGGGUGGCUUUGGCUUCAUGGCAUGGGUUAAACAGCGCAUGGGCAACCCACUCGUCAACGUUGCCAGUACCCUGGCCUCGCUGGCCAUUAUUGGCGUCGUCACAAAGGAAAAUGCAGUUAUAUCGAAUGUUUUUUCCAAUCAAAAGAUUGUCCAAGUCUUCAAGAUGCUUCUGAUGGGCAUUGCAUCUGCUGCAGCUGUCAAUCUCUUGCUCUGGAGGGUGUCGGCACGGGCUCUACUACGACAGUCACUCUCAACGGCCUCGAUUUCUCUCGCCAAGACUCUAUCCGUCAUAACCGCCAGCUUUUUAAUCGGCGCUCAGGAUGAUUUGGCUGACAAAGAGCUCUCGACAGCUUCUUCAGUGUACAGCACUACGUACAAGCAAGUCACCAAGAAUCUGCGGGAAGCAAUGUUUGAGCAUUACUUCGUUGGUCGCGAUAAUGUGUACGCUGUAGAGAGGUCUAGUGCUAUAGCUAUUGCCACUCUUGCGCAGUCUGUUGGCGGGCUAAGAAGUGCAGCUACCAGCCAAAUCGCUCUAUUACACCAAAUCUCUGCCAACAUCCGUCGACCGUCACAGGGAGCUGCCGUAGACGAAUCGGAAGUGUUAGAUUCGGCGCCUAGUUCGAACUCUAGAAAAGGAAAACAUCGCUUAAAUACCCCUUUGGAUGCAUUUGAUCUCUUUGUCAGCAUGAUCAAACCACAUAUGGAAUCGUUGGCGGAAAGUCUCGUCAAGGUUCUCUCGGAGCCACCAUUUGGAGAGGCUCCAAGCUACACCGUUACCGUCAACAACGAACUACGAUGGCAGUUGACUAACCGCCUCUCGUCUUUCAAUUUGGCCAGAGCAGACGCCUUGGAGCAGCUGUACCAGCUUAUGGAGCAGAACAAGGAGAUUUCCAGGUCUGCGCAGGCAGAGUUUGAAGAAAUAGCCGCUGCUUGUGGGCAUUUCAGCUUCAGUCUUCAAAGUCUGGGAGAGGAGAUGCAAAAAUAUUUGGAUGUAAUUGAAGAUCUUCGCGACGUCACCCACCUCAAGCAGAGGUCGUGGUAUUGGCUGAUGUGGUGGCGAAAGGACACCUCGCGCGGCAUCUCGACCAUGCCGUAUGAGACACCAGAGACUGAGACCCUUCAUAAUCCAGCCCCUCCAAAGGCGAUUUCAGAGUCCAUAAGGGAGCGAAGAGAUACAUAUAGCUGGGAUGCUGCACCCAAUGCCAGCCGGGUAGUGUCGACUGUUUCUCAGUAUAUUUUGAGGUUAGCCAGAAAGAUGGCACAAGACGACAUUAGAUUUGGAAUAAAGGUAGGUAUCGGUGCGUCCCUGUGGGCUAUGCUGGCAUUCAUCGAAGGGACACGAGACUGGUACAAUCACUACCGUGGUGAAUGGGGUCUCUUGUCCUUUAUGAUUGUUUGCUCAAUGACAGUAGGCGCAUCCAACACGACCGGGUGGUCCCGUUUCGUAGGAACCUUUCUUGGAGCGGCAUUCUCCAUUGUCAACUGGACUAUCAGCCAAGGUAAUGCCGUGGUCCUCGUGAUCUUGGGAUUCAUGGUCAGCUACUUCAACUUUUAUCUCAUUGUCGCCCGUGGCAAGGCACCGCUUGGACGCAUGACGCUGCUUGCCUACAAUGUCUCAACGCUUUAUGCGUACAGUCUAAGUCAGAAAGUAGAUGAGGGCGAUAAUGACGAAGGUGGCACACAUCCAGUGAUCAUGGAAAUCGUCAAACACCGUGUAAUGUCGGUUAUGGCCGGAAUUAUUUGGGGUCUAGUCGUUUGUCGUGUCAUCUGGCCUAUAUCCGCUCGCCGAAAAUUCAAACAAGGCAUCUCGACUCUCUACCUCCAAAUGGGUCUCAUCUGGAAGCGAGGACCGUUGGCUAUCUUAUUGCGCAGCGACUGUACGCAAAACUAUUUAAAGUCCGGGGAGCUGGCAGAUAUGCAGUUGGAUGCUGACAGACUAGAGUCACUUCGGCAGUCCGCAGCGUCUGAGUUUGAGCUUCGUGGUCCGUUUCCAUUUGAUGCUAGUGGCAGUAUCAUGCGCAGUACGAACCGUAUUCUGGACGGCUUCUACGCCAUGAGCCUGGUGACACAGCUCAAGGGAAAUCUUACACCAGGCGAGCGAGCCUUGCUGCAGUAUACUGCGACAGAACGGGCGGUACUGUGUGAUCGCAUCUGUCACAUCUUCCAGGUAUUGGCUAGCUCUAUCAUGCUAGAGUAUCCGUUGACGGAUGCAGUACCUAGCAUAGUAAAUGCUCGCGACAGGCUUCUUAGCAAGAUCUUCCAGUUCCGUUCUGCUCGUUUGGCAGACAACACACACGGUAGAUCAGAGGCUGAAACUAGUCAGGGCAACAUGAGAAGGGGUUCGUCGACGGUUGGUGGUGACGAUCUAAUAGACGAUACACUGCUCGAGAUUAAGGUGGAGGAAAGGGACUACGCACUGCUUUAUGCAUACGCGCUGGUGACAGGUCAGGUUGCUGAUGAGCUCACACUUGCAGAAAAGGAGAUGCAGGGCCUUUUUGGUGUUUUGAGUAGCUAGAGAUGCCAUUCGAAUGGAACAUUUCUGAUUUAUAAUAUUUGGCUUUUGACUCAUGGAAGUCGAAAGAGUGCAUGCUGCUGAUUGCUAAGCUAGACUUAUAGUACAUAUAUAUGUGAUAAAUCUGAUGGACUUUAGAUCUAGUUAUUUAUACUCAAGGCCUGGGAUAUCGCACACCGGCAUUUAUUAGGGAGCUGAGCACACAGUGGCCUUGGCUCAGACCGUACGCGGAUAUAUGCGCACACACGAGCCAUGGCCUGCUGUGCCUGUUGGCGACAAUGGUCCGAGGGCCCUCGGUUUCGUAUCAUAUUGAGUGCCAAAAUAGCCUGUUCAACGGCCCUGAACGAAUCGAUAGACAUGAUAGCAAGCUCUUCUGAUUCCUGGAUAGUGGCAGUGGCGACUUGGACAACCGCUUCCACCGAGAGUUCUGGAAGUGUCCCAGAUAUCAGGAUCGAUGUAGAGCUGAGAAUAUUACUAAGCUUCUUGCAAGCAAUCAUAUCCUGAGAUUCGUGGGAACUAUCUUCAACUCGUUCGUAAUGGGGUGCAAAGUGAGGAACCAGUGGCCCGUGACCGAUCGCUUGCUUGAUGGCGGCAAGUGCAGAAAAGUCGCGAUCAGCAUACACUGGAAGAUCUUGACGCUGCGGCUGGGAGCAUUGUAAUAGAAUUUGAUCAAUCUGGUAAUCGAAAUCCGUCUUGGUCCGGUGAAGAAAGGGUAUUCGAAUCCACUCUGGAGUUCCUAGUAUGCACGGCUCUGGGCUAAUGGCAAGUAAUCCAGACUUGGACAAGUGUUAGCAACCGCAUCCUUUUUUCAAUAGCUGUUAUCUUACUAUAAUGAAUCUCAAGUGCCAAAACAUGUCGAAGAAUGGAGAACUUUGACAGCGGACUGGGCCAACAAGUCUCAAUAAAUCGAGGGCACCGCGGGCAUGUAUCAUGGCUGCCUCUUGUUCCACUAGUUUGCGCGGCAAAGACGCAGGCGCAGAAAUGGCAAACUCAAGAAGAAGUAAAGCCAUGAUCACACGGUAAAGUACUAUUUCUUGGUCCACAGGUCCAUCAUUGUGUAAAAGUUGUGCAACUUGGAGGCGCUGUUGGCUAGUCGCCUUCAUGUACCGUGAGAAUGCUGCGGUUCCAAGCGCAUCAUCGCCUGCAUGAAGCGCGCGGAAUGAUUCAACUGUAGCAGUCAAUGGUAAUAAGAAUGCUUGUUGUAUGUUCUGCGGUAAGGAAAGACUCGCGAGUCUAAAGAACCAUGGAUACUGGAGCCAUGGGGCUUGGUGGUGAGACCCGACUCGGAUCGCUAGUUGGGAAAGUAGUCCCUGUUCUUUUGGCGAUGGGGGUGCAUGAGGUAUGUUAUGCGUCGUUAGCUAACAAGGUCAGCGCGCUAGUCGUAGUGUGUAUUAUCCAAGAGCAUCUUUCGCCUACCUGUGCUAUGGGCAGCAGUGUCGUGGAUGGGUUAGAUUGUGGUGAACGAGAGCUACGAGAAGAGCUCGAUGAUAUACGAGGUGAAUGAUGAUGACUAGCCGUCGCUCGCGCAUGAAAGUAUAUCGGACCCGAACUUGAUCCAGGGCAAGGUUUCCCGAGACGCCUGCACUGGGAGCAACAUGGCGUUUUUUGAUC